AUGAGCAAUUCAGGACCUUCUUUCGACAUUGACGACAGCGGAUAUUCGAGUCAGCAGUAUCAACAUCUUCAAAGAUCGUACACUGAGGAGUCCAUGGAUUACAGUUCCGCGGUCGGUUCGGAUGCCUAUUACACAAAUGAUGGCGCCAAUUCUUCAGUGACUGGAGGUCCUGGAGCCCAUGCAUCAUAUCAAGAAGAUGCCACUGAAACUGUUCACGAAGCAUUUUUGGCGUUACUAUAUUUGCUAUCCAAUCCUGAUGAAUUUAAGAAAGCAUUGCACACACAUCCACCUAGAGGAGCGACGACGCUGUCGGAGUGGAAUGCCGAGUAUGAAGAGGACGACGAAUCAGUGAUUACAUCUGCGACUGCUACUAUACCCUUACCCUUUGUAGUAUUUGCUGAUGAUGCAGAAGUGGUCCUACCUCAGGCACACACUGCUUCUCAAUUAUUUGGCAUUGAACGAGUGGAAGGAAUUGAAUUGGAGGCAGCUGCUGGUAUCCCUGCGUUGUCACAACUCUUUCUGAGAUGGUUGGCGCUCAUGCCUAAUGGCGACCAUUUGAAUGUUAUUGAUCCACCUGGUUUGACUGUCAUGAGAAUUGCUGGUGGACGGUAUCGUGUGACGGCUGCUCACCGUUGUGUUUGGACGUGGAUGAAUGAGUUUGCGAGUCUGUUGGAAGAGCAUCCUGGUAUAUUCGGUGAGGAAGAUCAGGAAAAGAAGACACCUCCACUUCAAGUUGGUGAUCUUGUGUCCUUGACGAUCAUUGAUGUUUUUGAAACUGACAAUCAAGGCAAACUCCUUUCAUAUUGCCCCACAUUUGACAACAGAGCGGUAAUAAAAACCAAUCACGCUACUGAGACUAUAAAGAAAUCUUCCACUCGGUUUUUCUCUAUGAUUGGAAAGGCACAAAAAUAUGUAGCAAAGUCAAAAGUUAACGAGAGAGCAUCAGCACAGCUGGAACGAAUUGGAAUUAUGCAGCAAGCCAACAGUUUUGCAGAAAAUGUCAAGUCAAAGGUUGGUGAAGCUGUUACUCAAUAUAGCGGUUCAGCAUCUCCUGGUGCACGUCCACCAGCUAAUAGGAAGCAAGAGGACAUCAAAGAUCUGCAAGGAUUUCAACAGGCGAUAUCAGCUGCUGAACAAGCGGCAACGGCACCACGAUAG